UUCUUUUCCUGUUUGGUCAGCCCUGCUUAUGGUGGUGUUGAUAGAGCUAACAGUAGGCUCCAUUUUGGCCGCAGCCGGCCUCUCCCUGCUGCGUGCCUGAACACGACAUGUCUCUCUCUCCCCCCCAGUCGGUGACGGUUUGAGCGCCUCUGAAGUGUUCCACGGUUCCGGGGGGGGCUUUAGCGGUGCAAGGCGGGGGCGACUAGGGACAGGGGUGGGGGCGUCAGUACGGAACCGGAUGCUAGCACAGAAGGGCGAUGGCGAGGCCAAGCCACAGCGACCACGUCCUCCAGCAGCUCAACAACCAGCGUGAGUGGGGCUUCCUCUGCGACUGCCUCAUCGCCAUCGGGGACAUUUACUUCAGGGCGCACAAGGCCGUCCUGGCGGCCUGCAGCUCCUACUUCAGGAUGAUGUUCAUCCGGGACCAGCAGGGGGCGGGUCGCCUGGAUCUGAGUAACAUGCAGAUAAGCGCCGAGUGCUUCGACCUCAUCCUGCAGCUUAUGUACCUCGGCCGCAUCGUUGUGGGGAGCUACGAGUUCGAGGAGCUGAAGGCCUCCAUGGUGUACCUGCAGAUGUACUACAUCCCGGAUUCACUGGAGGACCUCAGAGACAUCCGGAGCUCCAACCUCACCCCAUCUUCUUCAUCCUCUUUAUCCUCUUCCUCCUCCAGCUCCUCGACUGGGGUCUGUGGUGGGAAGAUGAUGUUCGGAGUGCGGAUGUACGAGCAGCAGCGGCCUGCUCCCCCAGAAGGAGAGCAAACGGCAAAAGCAGUGAGCGGCGGUGCUGGUGGACGUCCAUUCGCACCAGCAGCUGACAGCAGGCCAGGAGGGUCAGACGAUGUGACCACCACCCCUCUGAUAGUGGCUCCACCUGCCGCUGAUGUGACGGCUGAGCAGCCGUGUGACCUGAGGAAAAGAUCAGGCGGGCGGAGCUCGGCUCUGAAGGAACGGCCCCGGUUCGGCCGCACCUACACCUGCGACGACUGCGGCUUCGUCUUCAGCUGUGAAAAGCUGUUAAUUGAACACAUCCUCACCUGCACCAACCGGAAGGCCUUCCACCCACCCAGGGGCAACAUGGAGGGGGACAAUGACUCCAGUAAAGCGGAGAGCUCCGCCUCAGAGAGCACGGAGGAGCACCGGGUGGUCUGUAAAGGAGAGGACUACUGGCCCGAAACCAAGGGAGACUCUGACCUCUCUGUCAGGUUGGUGGCAGCUGAGACGGCUGGUGAACCAGGCUCAACCCAGAACAUCAAGACGGAGCCAGAAGAAAGCGUGUUCCCUGAGAUCGAGAUGAUCCAAGUCGGUGAAAUCAGAGAUUGUAAACCGCGAUCAGGUGCUACCACUUAUAAAGACUCGCUUAGGGAGCACAUGGGAUCCGACCAGGAGCCCGAGCCCGGAGUGUCGGGUUUGGAGAGCAGCGGCGAGCUGCUGGAGGGCCACCUGUCGAGCAGCAAUGACGAGGGAAUCCUCACAAAGCGGCGAAAGGUCAAAGACGAGAAACAGGAAGCUGACCGCGCUCCCUGUGAAUUGUGUGGGACUCUGUUAACCGAGGAGGACAAGUCAGGCCACUACCUGUCCAACCACAUGGGCCAUAUAUGCGCCUGCGGGCGUUGCGGCCAGGUGCUGAUCAAAGGCCGGCAGCUGCAGGAGCACGCAGAGCGCUGUGGCGAGUCCCACGGCGGCGACUCAGACUCUCACGGAGACGACGAUGUGUCCCUGUUGGGUGAACCUCAGGGGAUGGAAGAGGGACUCCUGGAGGUGACAGACCUGGCCUGCCCUCACUGCGGCCUCCCAUUCCAGAACGAAACCCUGGCCCUAGAGCACGCUCUGUCCUGCCACGACCAGGACCUGUACCGCCCCGUGGCGUUGGACGAGGGCGGCGAGCCCGACCACCGGCGGAAACAUUUCUGCAGCAUCUGCGGAAAAGGCUUCUACCAGCGCUGCCACCUGCGGGAGCACUACACCGUCCACACCAAGGAGAAGCAGUUCACCUGCCAGACCUGCGGCAAGCAGUUCCUGCGAGAGCGCCAGCUCCGCCUGCACACCGACAUGCACAAAGGAAUGGCGCGCUACGUGUGUCCGCUCUGCGAUCAGGGCACCUUCCUCAAGCACGACCACGUCCGACACAUGAUCUCGCACCUGUCGGCCGGCGAGACCAUCUGCCAGGUGUGCUUCCAGAUCUUCCCGGGCGGGGAGCAGCUGGAGAAACACAUGGAUGUCCACCUGUACAUCUGCGGCGUCUGCGGAGAGAAAUUCCGGCUCCGUAAAGACAUGAGGAGCCACUACAACUCCAAGCACACCAAGAGACUAUAGAGCAUCCAAACAGGCCUCGAGCGUUUCCUCGUUUGUUACUGAAAGCCAUAAAUGUGAGAACAAAUAUGCACUUGAACACCAAAAAGAAAAAGACAAACUGAUCUGCACUUUGAAUUCCAUGUAUAGCCUGAACAGGUGUUCACACUACAAGCAGUGGGGCUAGUAAUCAUCUCCUGGAAGUAAGUGGGCGGAGCAUACAUAAGUUCAUUAACUUGGGGUGAAAACGGUUCCCUUCCAAGAAAAAAACGUUCACAGCUUAUUUAGGUCCACUGCUCCCGUCUUGCCGGUUCAGCUCGCUGUGAUUGGUGCCUUUAUUCUCACACUUUGUCUCAAUGGCAGUGAUGUGUAAUGCAGGGGGGAGGGGCAAGCGAGCGCAGGUGACAUCCAGAAGGAAAACACUACUUGGUUGGAAUAUGUCGCCGAUGUGCUGAACUCAGCUGCUCGCUUCAACUCCUCGGUGGUUCUAUGAUGCCUUACGAGUCACUGCAGCUCAUCGGCUGUACCCCAAAACCCUGAAGUAACCAUGGGAACCGGCUACAGCUGAUCUGAUGGCGUUGGUUCCUGUGGAGCCUAAGCGGUUCACAUCAAGCCAAACGAGUUGUUUAGGGGUCAUGUUACAAACUGAGGUUAGCCCAAUCAGGAAUCCUAACGUCACCCAGUCCAGACGGAACAAAGACAAACUAACAAGGAUGCGCUGCACUGAGAACUGUACGAUCGAAGCUGAGGCAGGUGUGAAAGAUGCCAAGAAGUGAGGUGUUGCUUCAUGUUCAUCCUCCAAACAGAGGUGCUUCAGAAACAGACCUGUUCAUUCAGCAGCACUUGUUAAACUGAGUUCAUGUGAUGUAAGGAGUUUGCACUUUGCGUUUUACUUUGAAAGUCUGCUCUUUUGUGGAUUUCCUGUCUUGGCGUACAGGAAGUUUCAGCUGCAAAGCAGAUCUGAGCUCAGUCUUUAGGACAGCGGCGCUGCCAUUGAAACGCACAGUCUGGGAGGCGGCGUCUGUCCACCAGGAUGUUUUUUAUCCCCCGAACAGAGGUCAUGACCCACAACACCCCCCUCCCCCCAACACCUCUUUUCACUCAGGUGCUACAAAGAAACUACGGUAUUCUGGGUAAUUUAGCACUUGCAGGUUGAACUGGUUCAGUUCUGCUUUCAAUUUUUUUUUAUUACUUUGUAAACUAUUUAAACUAGUUGUGAGUUAGAGACCCGUUCCAGAUCAGAGUCAAAGCCUCGCUGGAUUAGAUCUUGAACCUUUGACAUCAGAUGUGAAGGGCGGAGCCACGAUGGCCACCUUAUUUAAACCUAUGUCCACAUAAAGCUGCUGGACAAUCAGCUGUUUUCCAAACAAACUCCUGUUUUUUUUUGUUUUUUUUUUUCAUGUGGUCUGAACCGUGUGACAGUAGAGGUCAAACUUGAACUUCAGGUGUGGUUUAAACCAACAGAAGAACUUGAUUUUGGAGAUCCAGGAGUCCAUCUGCCACCGGGUUCUGAAUCUGAAAGUUUGAGCAUCCUUAAGACUGUAGAGCAUCACAUGGUUGUAUUUCUGUUGUAUCUUCUGGCAGCUUUGGUUCAGCGUCUUGCUUUAAUUAAAUUCAUUGCUCUGCUGUGUGCAAACUCCUAAUAAACCAAAUGAUUUUCAGUU